UCUUUAGAUCCACUAGCUGUCUCUCUCAAAAUUUAGUCCCAUGAUCACGACGCAAUUCGAAAGACUAAUUAAAAAAAAACACAAACAUAAACAAUCUCGCAUCUGAGCUGUCAAAAAUAAUCUUAAAUUUCUUCCCAGGCUAGCCAGCGAGGUGGCAGUAGCAGUCACCAGACAGAGCAAGACAUUUCUGCGUUUGACGAGUUCUGUUGCACUUGAUCCCAGCAAUUUAUAUUUGGAUUGUUUAAAUAAGUGUGAUUGCUGGUUUUUACAAUGAAUAAAAGCAUCGGAAGUCGCCAAGCACACCAGGAACAUGUCCUGGCAGUGUCCAGGGAUUUUAUUUCCCAACCGAGGCUUACUUACAAGACAGUCUCGGGUGUAAAUGGUCCUCUGGUAAUCUUGGACGAGGUAAAGUUCCCGAAGUUCGCUGAAAUUAUUCAGCUGAGACUUGCUGAUGGCUCAAUCCGUUCGGGAAAAGUCCUUGAGGUGUCUGGCUCCAAAGCUGUGGUCCAGGUAUUUGAAGGAACAUCUGGAAUUGACGCUAAGAACACCGUCUGCGAGUUCACUGGUGACAUUCUCAGAACUCCAGUAUCUGAAGACAUGCUCGGGCGUGUCUUCAACGGAUCUGGAAAGCCGAUUGACAAGGGUCCUCCAAUUCUCGCGGAAGACUUUUUGGAUAUUGAGGGACAGCCGAUUAAUCCCUGGAGUCGUAUUUAUCCUGAGGAAAUGAUACAGACUGGUAUUUCUGCUAUUGAUGUCAUGAAUUCAAUCGCCAGAGGACAAAAGAUUCCCAUUUUCUCAGCUGCUGGUCUUCCUCACAAUGAGAUUGCUGCGCAAAUUUGUCGCCAAGCCGGUCUAGUAAAAACUCCUGGCAAGUCAGUAUUAGAUUCUCACGAGGAUAACUUCGCCAUUGUCUUCGCAGCUAUGGGAGUAAACAUGGAAACAGCUCGUUUCUUCAAGCAGGACUUCGAAGAGAACGGUUCUAUGGAGAACGUGUGUCUGUUCUUGAAUUUGGCCAACGAUCCGACAAUUGAACGUAUUAUUACACCACGUCUUGCCCUGACGGCGGCAGAAUUCCUUGCCUACCAGUGUGAAAAACACGUACUGGUCAUCCUGACCGACAUGUCAUCUUACGCAGAAGCUUUGCGUGAAGUAUCAGCUGCUCGUGAAGAAGUACCCGGACGUCGUGGUUUCCCCGGUUACAUGUACACCGAUUUGGCCACCAUUUACGAGCGAGCUGGUCGUGUUGAGGGUCGUAAUGGAUCUAUUACUCAGAUUCCAAUUCUUACUAUGCCUAACGAUGAUAUUACUCACCCAAUUCCCGAUCUUACUGGGUAUAUUACCGAAGGACAAAUUUACGUAGAUCGUCAAUUACAUAACAGGCAAAUUUAUCCACCUGUAAACGUAUUGCCUUCACUGUCUCGUCUUAUGAAGUCGGCUAUUGGCGAAGGAAUGACUCGUAAAGAUCACUCUGAUGUUUCUAACCAAUUGUACGCUUGUUAUGCUAUUGGUAAAGAUGUCCAAGCUAUGAAAGCCGUCGUAGGAGAGGAAGCUCUUACACCAGACGAUCUUCUUUACCUUGAAUUCCUCUCGAAGUUUGAAAAGAAUUUCAUUUCUCAAGGAAACUACGAAAACCGAACAGUCUUCGAGUCACUCGAUAUCGGCUGGCAGCUAUUGCGUAUCUUCCCGAAAGAAAUGCUUAAACGUAUUCCAGCCAGUACUCUCGCUGAGUUCUACCCUCGAGACUCACGUCAUUAAUUUAAUUUAAUAAAAAAAAAUGAAAUAAAAU